AUCUCUUCCUCUCUGUUUGUGCCUUUGGGUUUAGCGUCUGCAAGUCAAUGGCUAGAAUUGAUUCCUUAGCCAAACAUUUCAAACAAUAAAUUAUUUUUAAAAUUCACUCAAUUCUCUAAAGACAAAAAAGCCGUUAAUCACGACUCUUUUCUCCUGUUUCCUUGCAGAGAUCUCGAUGUGCUCGCCAUCUUCCGCUUUUCCCGCUCCCUCCCCAAUUGGGCUUUUCUGAAACAGAUUCAACUGGGCCUACCGAGCCGGGCCGGGCCAUUGAUUUUCUCUACAGGUGCUGCUCGAGAGUGGGCAAAAGCCGAAAAGCGGAAGCAAAAUGGCCGAAACAAAGUCAUCAACAAAAUGGCGGAAUCGGUGAUAAGUGUAGCGUCUCAGUCUUCGCUUCUUCUUCUAGAGCCUUCCAAGUUUGGAUUUCCAAAUUACGCCAAUCCAUCGAAGUUCCUGCGCCUGCAGCAAUCUUCGACCGAGAAUGGAAACUACCGAUUCGUUGUUUCUUCUGGUAAGCAUUUGAAGCCGCUUGUCGCUGCUAGGGUUGUCUCUUCGGGUCUCGAAUCGUCUACGCUUGUCAACGAUAGGGUUGAAUUGUUAACCGAAGGCAUCGAGGUUGAACCGGAUUCCGGAGGCGGCGGUGACGGUUAUGGUGAUAUAGGAGGUCGCGGCGGUGGGGGUGGUGGUGGAGGCGGUGAUAAUAGCGGAGGACAAGGAGGUGCUGGUAGUGGUGGUGAUCAGAGUAACGAAGGUGAAGGGGAUUCAUUGGACGGUAGCAGCGGUGAGAAGAAGAAGAUGGCAUUGUCUAUGUCUCAGAAGCUGACUCUUGGUUAUGCUGCCCUUGUUGGAAUGGGUGGUCUUAUGGGCUAUUUGAAGAGUGGUAGCCAGAAAUCACUUUUGGCUGGAGGACUGUCUGCUUCAAUACUGUUUUAUGUUCACACACAGCUUCCUACAAAUCCUGUUUAUGCCUCGUCUGUAGGGCUUGGUGUGUCUACUAUACUCUUGGGGGUGAUGGGCUCUCGUUUCUUGAGGUCAAAGAAGAUAUUUCCUGCAGGUGUUGUGUCUCUUGUGUCGAUUGUAAUGACUGGUGGCUACAUUCAUGGAGUUCUGCGCAGUAUGCACUGAAAUAUGCUUAAUGUAACAGUGAGACAUAUGGUUAAUAAAUAGGCUUCAGUUGGCCGUCUUAUAUGGUAGUUGGUUUCAGUGUCUUUUUGUUUUCUUCCUGUAAUGGCACGUAAAAUUUGUGUAUUAUUAUGGAGCUUCAUGGUUGGAACUUUGUA